UUGACAGCACCAUCCCCAGGUUCGUAGGGUUAACACUGGAUGGCCCUAGAGUGAGUCGGAGAGGGAAAAUGGCCAAGGGGCCAUCUCUGGAGUCAAGGUUUGCUGUUCUCCUGGGCCGUGUGCGCUCUAAGAUGGUUCAGGUCAUGGGUAGCAAUGAGGUUGCCGCAGUCGGGCAGCCUCGGCUCAGCUCCCCUUCGCAUGGUGGGCAGGGAGCCGGCCCUCUGAAGGAAAGCCUGGGUCGUUAGUGUUUGCCGACGUCUGUGGCGUAAGGACUCCCACAUCAGUGGUUUCAAGGUGCCAACACGAUGCCCCUAACUUUGGAGUUGGGAUGGGACGCGCACAAGCUGCUCGUUGAGCCAUAUGGGCCAGGUCCGGCAGACCCACCGUGCCCUCCUGUGUUUUCUGGGAGGCAGGAAAGCCUGGGGAUGAGGGCACAGGCCCCAGUCAGGCUGCCCGGGCUGAAGUCCCGACUGCCUCUGGCUGGCCGAGCUUGGGCAGCGCCCUCACCUUUGCCUGCAGCUCCUCUCCUGAAAAGUGAAGAAAGUAAGUCUCAGGUGGGCAUGGUGGACUCCUCUCUCAGGAGCAGGAUCUAGGAAGCCUGGACCCUGGGGUCAGUGGCCGAGAAGGCAGCUAGCAACCUGAAUACAAAGCAGAGCCCAGGAUGGGUCAGGUAGGAGCUGCCCAGAGGAUAGGUGGCACAGGCCGAGUUAACCCAAAAGUGAGGCAAUACACCUGCCGGCUCAUGAGGUGCAGUCAGAUGUUAGCUAUUACCGUCACCACUGUCUUUUUUGGCCAGAAGUUCGCAGGAACAUUUCUCAGAUACCAGGGCCGCACCUUAAGUUUCUGACACUUGAAAAACCCUACAGGUGGGGCUUCCCUGGAGGUCCAGUGGUUAAGACUUUGCCUUCCAAUGCAGCGGGUGCGGGUUCCAUCUCUGGUCGGGGAGCUAAGAUCCCACAGGCCUCAUGGCCAAAAAACCAAAACAAAACAGAAGCAAUAUUGUAACAAAUUCAAUAAAGACUUUAAAAGUGGUCCACAUCAAAGAAAAAAAAAAAAAGACCCCAUACGUGUUCUGGGGGCUCCUGUCGACACAGACUCCUGCACGUGGCCGUCACGGUGUUCCCUCCCCGGCAAGUGACAGCCAUAUGGCAUGUGAAUGAGGAGGCCGGGGAAGGGUGGGGAAGGAGGGCGCCUCACUCCUGCUCAUCGACCAGUUCAGCUGCUGGGGCAAAAGGUGGAAUUUUUUCUGAAAUCAACAGGGUGAUGUCAUGUUGGGGAAAGUGUUUCCCAGGUGGCUGGCAAGAGGCGUGUGUCUGUGGUCGCGUCUGUCCCACCUCCUGGACACACCUCUGCUGGCUGAGGGUGACACAACCCUGUUCCCUGUCACUCUGUUCCCGCUUAUCUCUCCCGCCUUUUCGGCGCCACCACCUUCUUGGAAAUGAGUUGGGCCAAAGGGGAGGGGGCUUAGCAUCCCCGCCCCCCCUCCCCCAGGAGGCCCCAUAAAAGCAACUGUAACUGGGCUCCCAGACACCAGAGCAAGUCCUAGACGUAACAGAAGGACAGCCAGACGGACGGCACAAUGGCACUGAACGCGCAGAUCCGGGCCACCUGCCUCCUGCUUCUCCUGGUCAGCCUGACCAGUGGCUUCGUUCUCCCACCCCAGACAAGACAGCUCGCAGACCUCCAGACCCAGGACACAGCAGGAGCUGCAGCUGGCUUGACGCCCGUGCUCCAGAGGCUGAGACGAGACACCCACAUCCCCAUCUGCACGUUCUGCUGCGGCUGCUGUUUUAAAGCAACAUGUGGGUUAUGCUGCAGAACAUAGAGCAGCCCCUGCUGCCCUGCCCCCAGUCCCUUAUUUAUUCCUGCUACCCUCCAACCCUCAGUGA